UCAUGUCAAUAGAACAAUUUGAAACUUGAACUCAUUCUCAAAGCUGAAACACAAAAGAAACCCGACCCGAGAACCAAAAGUAGGGAAUCUCUCUCUCACUUCUGGUCAUUUUGCCCUAACCCCGUCUCAGGAAAUUCCCCAUUUCUAAAUUUUUCAUCUUCUUCCCAUAAGCCCCUUGUUGAAUUUGCUCGCUACCUCUUCAUGUCGCGGCAUUUCGGCCGAAAAUAUCGAAAGCAAGACAACUCUUUUAUUUGGAAUGCGAUAAUCAAAUCUUUCUCACAUAAGGAAGACCCAAGAGAGGUUUUUGUUAUAUUUAAUCUAAUGCUUGAAAGUGGGGUUUGUGUAGAUAAGUUCUCAUUUUCACUUGUGCUUAAGGCGUGUUCGCGCUUGGGCUUGAUUAAAGAAGGAAUGCAAAUUCAUGGGUUGUUGGGGAAGAUGGAAAUUGGGUCGGAUGUGUUUCUACAGAAUUGUUUGAUGUGUUUGUAUUUGCGAUGUGGAUGUCUUGGAAUUGUCCGCCAGCUGUUUGAUAGAAUGAUGAAGAAAGACUCGGUAUCUUUUAAUUCGAUGAUUGAUGGGUAUGUGAAGCAUGGGAUGGUGAAAUCAGCAUGGGAGUUGUUUGAUGUUAUGCCAAUGGAACAAAAAAUUUUGAUUUCUUGGAAUUCAAUGAUCAGUGAGUAUGCACGAUCGGAAGAAAGGCUCAAGGUUGCUUGGGAGUUGUUUGAGGAAAUGCCUAAGAAAGAUUUGAUUUCUUGGAACUCUAUGAUUAAUGGGUGUGUCAAGUGUGGGAAAAUGGAAAAUGAUCACCACUUGUUUAAUCGGAUGCCAAAAAGAGUGUGGUCAGUUGAGCCAAUAUGGUAAAUGGGCAUGCAAAAUUAGGUGAAAUUGAUAUUGCCAGAGGUUUGUUUGUUGAAAUGCCAGAGAUGGAUGUGAUUUCUUGCAAUGCAAUGAUGGCUAGAUAUGUUCAAAAUGGGUAUCUUAUGGAAUCAUUAAAAAAUUUUCAUGAUAUGCUAAGCAAGGAGUUAUUUCUUGAUAAUGCCACUUUGUUGAUCACUCUUUCUGCAAUUGCCCAAUUAGGACACUUUGAUGAAGGGGUAGCACUACAUUGCUAUAUAGAAGACAAUGGAUUUUCUUUGAGUGAAAAACUUGGCGUUGCCCUCAUAGACACGUAUGCCAAGUGUGGUAGCAUUGACAAUGCUUUGUCAGUAUUUGAGGAUAUAGAUAAUAAAAGUAUUGAUCAUUGGAAUGCUAUACUUAGUGGUUUGGCUAUUCAUGGCUUGGGCGAAGUGGCUUUUGAAUUGUUCAUGGAGAUGGAGAAACUUUUUGUAAAACCAAAUGAUAUCACAUUCAUUGGAGUGUUAAAUGCUUGUAACCAUGCUGGCUUGGUGAAGGAAGGUCUGAUGUGUUUUGAGCUUAUGAAAAGAGUUGACAAAGUGGAGCCAAAACUCCAACAUUAUGUAUGCAUGGUUGACAUCCUAGGCCAAGCAGGCCAUGUGGAAGAAACCAAGAAAUUUGUAGAAAAAAUGUCCAUUGAGCCAAAUGAUGUGGUUUGGAGGACCUUGCUUAGUGCUUGUAGGAAUCAUGAAAACUUCACAAUUGGAGAACCAGUAGCUAAGCAUUUAAUUAGUGUGGAUUCUUAUAAUCUAAGUUCUUAUGUGCUCCUGUCUAACAUAUAUGCUGGUUUUGGCAUAUGGAAUGAUGUUCACCGAAUUAGGAUGAUGAUGAAACAAAGGGAUCUAAAGAAAAUUCCAGGUUGCAGUCAGAUUGAACUUGAGGGGAAUGUUCACAAGUUCUUUGUUAGAGAUAAAUCCCAUCCUCAGGUUAGAGAGAUCUAUUCCAUGUUGGACAGUUUGUCUACACUCAAUUCAGAGGUUGGCUAUUGUAAACAUUAGUGUUGAGUUGGGCACUGAUGAUCAGAAGUUGACAAGUCAUCGGCGGAUUAAAAUUAAAAUGUCUUAUUGUGGCCAGUGGUAGAUGGACAAUCCAAUUUACCAACUCAGCAAGCUACCAUCUUCAUAAUGUAUCUAUACUUUGAUUGCAUUGAGAUACAAAUCAGUGUCUGAUUCAAAGAAAAAUGUAAGUAUCUUAUUAUUAUAAUAUAUUUUUUUGUGCUAAAA